AUGGCCCCAGUUGCCAAUGGCUUCCCGACCUCUACCGCAGGCGCGGCCGGUCGAAAGGCGCCUUUCCCGCACAUCGAUGACUUGACCUCCGUCUCCGUCGACCUCGACCCCCACACGCCGCUGCGGAAGGUGCUCGAGUUGGGUAACCGUCACAUGAACCAAGCCAUCACCUUCAAAGACUUUCGCCGUCCCGACUCGGCCCUGCAGGAGUAUAUCAAGGCUUUUACCAUUGCUGUCGAUAAAAUUCCGAAGCACAAAGAUUAUCCAUCGCUAAAGACCGACCGAGGCGAUUUAGGCCAGCAGUACAAUGCCCUCAAGCUGAAGAUCACUACCAACGGAGCCUUAUUCGACAAAGUAAAGGAGGACAUCAAGGAGGACAACAGGAAAAGCGGAGUGCUGUCCAAGAGGUCGGCCGAGUACGCUCCUCUGUACCUGCCAAGUGCGCCAUCGGCAUCACCUCAUCGUCUCAAUUCAGAGACGACGAGUGAAUCUAACGCGACAAAAGGCAAUGGAAUGCAACAGACGCACUCAAAUGGUAAUGAAAGGGCAAACGGUACGAACCAUACGCCAAAGCCAGCAGUCCAACCCAAACCGCACGCGCUUCAUGGCAACACCAUAAAGCCAAACACCAACCAGGUCGCUCUGGAUUUGGCAAAUCGGUUUGCUAAGCUGCGAGCUCAGGAAUCGACAAGCUCAACGGCCACAGUGCCGAAACCUGCGGGGCCCCGAGAUAUGCGAACUCAAGCCCGAAGCCGUCCUACUGUCGAUAGCUCCGUGCCGACCAUGCCGAAGCUACCUGAUGCAAUCUACAGUCCCGCCAGGGGUACCGUCACCAGCGAGGUUGCAAACCUCCCUUCGAGCACCCCGCGCGGCAUGUUCAGCCGGACGAACUCGAUUGUCUCUGCCUCUUGUUCUUCUGCCAGGAAUUCCAUGGACGGGGCUUCCCGGCCCACCGGCGUUGAGCAAUUCGUCACCGCUCAAUCCUUUGGCAAUGGCUCUUCACCGUGGCCACGUUCUCCGCGCAUUCACAUACCUGAUGGAGACUCCAUAACCCCCCAGCAGCUUCAGGAAUACAUGCAACAGGGGGCAGCUGCCGUUCGUCUAUUAAUCAUUGACGUACGCAGUCGGGAAGAUUUUGACGAAGGACACAUCAUGUCCCAAGCCACCAUAUGCGUCGAGCCUGCCGUACUGGCUCGCGAGAAUAUCACCGCCGAGGAGAUCGAAGAGAGCAUGAACAUUGCCCCGGAUGAAGAACUCCAGGCUUUCCGAAAUCGCGGGAAGUGCGACCUUUUAGUCUUCUAUGAUCAGGAUAGCAUCUCAACACCAUCUCGAGGCUCCCAGCGUCCCCAAGAAAACACCCUUUUCGCGCUGUACCAAGCUCUUGUCACCUUCAACUAUGAUGCGGAAUUAAGUAACCCACCGAAGCUGCUUGCUGGCGGGUUAGAAUCCUGGGUUGAUGUUUUUGGGCCGCAUUCACUGCAAGAAUCCCAAACAGCCGUGGCUGUCAGGGAUGGACAAUCUCGGCCCCAGCGUAUCAACGGGCUUGCCCGGCCGUGGCUAGACAACAGGCGCAGGGCCAAAACCCAGACAAAGUCUCUGCGACCAGAAGAAAUCAAGAUGUUUGAAGAAUCGAUCAGGGAGGAAGAAGCAGCCGUCAAUUCCCCACGAGAGUUCGUCAGAUCAACCGAGGACUUCCUCCGCCGUUACCCUUCGGCGUCGGAGAUCCAAGAGUCGAUGACGUCCCCGGAUAGUCCACGUAUGCCGAAGCUCAGUAGAGUCCUUGAAGACAAUGCAUUCUUUCAACCCGAGCUACCACCAGCGCCGCCUGCCCGCCCGGCGCCCGCCCUUCCACGCACUAGUUAUAGUGGUCUGUCAAGCAGGGAACCUGCUCCUGACUUUAUGUAUGCCAAAUCAGCACAAAUAGCAGGUUCUGACUCUUCCCGUCCCCCCACAGGGCUGGCCAACCCCGGCAUGCAUUGUUACGCCAAUUCAACGAUUCAAGCAAUUCUGGCAUCUCCUGGUUUUGCGUUUGAGAUGACGCAACCAAACUGGCCCACAAAGUACCUCUCGGGCGAUAAAAAGGACCCGCAACUAAUGUCCAAGAUCUUGGGGAAUUUGAUCCAGUGGCUGGGCAGAAGGGAGCUGGACACAUUGAAAGCCGCGACGCUUCUGAACUACUGUAAAUCGAUCCACACAGGCUACACGCUGGGUGGAUUCUCGGCGCACUUCCGUUUCGGAGAUAACCAGCAACAUGAUGCCGCGGAAUUCUGGCUCUUCAUUUUUGAACAAUUGGGGAAGGAAACUAACCUCAAGCAAGGACAAACAAGCCAUGGAAAUGCGCAAAAGCCGCGCGAUGCGCUACAAGGCGACCCAAGAUUGCCUGCAAUGACGUCUUUAGACCUUGCUGUCGAGUCGUGGAAGAUGGAGUGCUCUGCGAAUGACUCGAUUAUCCAGCAUUAUUGGACGUCCAACGUUAUCGCCAAGUUUCGAUGCACGCAAUGUAGGAAGGCCGGAGACGCCACCGAGGACGUGGUUUCCCACGGCCAUCUGAUGAUUACGGCUGAUACAUCAAAGAAACCUACCGGGACCCUUGAUUUCAUGACAGAUCUCUUGCCAAUAGAAUUUCCAAAGGUCGAAAUGGUCGACCACAAUUGCAGCCUGUGCUCAAACAAGAAGAAAGAGAAAAGGAGCAGAUUCGCACGACACGCUCCGCUUCUUUACAUCCAACUGAAGCGUUUCCAAUCCCUUGACGGAACAUCUCGGAAAACGGAACGUAAUAUCACGUUUCCCAUAAACGAUAUGGAUUUGUCCGAGUUGGCGGUUGACCAAGCAUCGUCAUUCCGAGAAGAGGCGGACAAGAUAGAUGGAUUCGGCACCGGUUAUCGCUACAAGCUCUACGCGGUGAUCUGUCACGCAGGGUCUAACCCGAACUCUGGGCACUAUACAUCGUAUGUCCGAGAAGGAGACAGUGACAAAUGGUGGUUCUGCAACGACCAAUACGUAAGUGAGGUCUCAUCAGAUGUUCGAGAGCUGUGGACAAAUAACACCACGCCGAAUAACCAACGAGGUAUGACGCCGUAUAUGUUGUUUUACAAGCGGAAGGAUGCGGACUUGAAAUUGGCCUACACACAGAAGAAGUGA